AAGCACUCUUUUUUUCUUUUUUGCAUUAUUCUGCCUUAUUUCUUAAGCACAUGCAAGGUUUUUGUAUGUCUUACAUUUUUUUUCAAAUUCUAAUUACAAUCUGGUAUCACAGCAACUGUAAAGCAUAGUGAAACGGAGCUACAUUUCUCCCCAUUAUUCUUUGUCAUAUCCAACUGAGCAUGCUGCAAAUCUGUCAAAGAGGAAUUAUACCCAUAAACUGAAUACAUGGGAGUUUUGCAUCUUCCCAAGAUGUUCCCGAUUUGGAGACACUAGCUCCUUCACAAAAGUCCCAAAGUUUCCUGCUUUGAAAUAGGUGAACUAGUUGCCUCUUUCACAAGGAAGAAUUGCUAUGGCUUAACAACCAACUUUCACAGUCUGAAUUGCCAAAAAAAAAAAAAAAGCUCAAACAUCUUUGCAGGAACACUGUGUGUGUGGAUAAGCUUUUGCUGUGUACGCCUUAGUGCCACUUGGGCACUUUGGGGGCCACAUGGUAGCCACCUAAUGAGAACAGAAAGGAAGCUUUGUUGCUCUUGCCAAGAAACUUGCUUACAGUUGGGGGAAAAGCCACAAUGGGUUCUGUCAUUCACAUUUGGAAAGCACAAGAGCCCAUCAUGAGUGAAACAAGAAGAGCUAAAAGCCAUGGGUUGGCAGGAUGGGUUAAGACGCAAACUUAAGCCAUCCUGACAAACUCAUCAGGGCUUUGCAUCACUCACCAAACCACUGUGGCUUAUAUUUCCACCACAUUGGUCUGUCAUAGAUUCGCACUUACAGGCUUGAAGUGACAGUAUACUUUAUCAGGGCUUAAUAUUUUCUAUGAUAUAGGCCUGGCACCUGUUUUCAUUGCUAAAUUGUCCCUGAAAUUUAUGUAGUAAAGUUGCCAUUGGGCAAGUGAAGAGUGUGUUGUCUUUACCAUGGAGUAACUACAGAGAGACUGGGCUUGUAUGACGCAAUAACCCACUACGAUUUAUAAGUCCAUGCCAUGGCACAAAGUUAAGCCCAGAUGCAAAUGUACUGCCUAUUCCAGUAUGUUGGUGUGGAUGUAGUUCAGACUAUUGUUACAGCAGUUAUUGUGCAUAAAGAAAGUGGUUUUCUUAGUCCAGUGGCUUAAGGCUACAUUCUUUACCAGCUCCUCUGAGAAGACAGAAGCAAGUGAAAAUACAAGUAUGUAGUAGCAUAUGGUGACACCAGUAACUACGAUAAUGACAGAUUCUUUUCAUGAUCUGGAAGUAAAAAAAUAGUCUGAAAUACUGUCAGCAUGCAGUAUUGCAAAAUCAUAUAUUUUGUUUUAUAGGCUGGAGAUUUUUUUUUGAUUUUUGAUUCUUUGGUCAAUUUUGUUUGUUUGUCUUCAUCUUUGUCUAUUUGUUAUUGUCCUUUUAUCCUAACUUCUUAAUUGUAGUGUUCUUUGUUUUUGAACUUCUAAAUUGUUUUCUGGUUUAUCUUGCUUUCUUGUAUUAUCUCUCUUCUCCGUUUGCACAGGUUCUCUUUCUGUGUUUGGCCAUAUGCAUUAUACAGGAAUAAAGGAAAGUUAGCACAAGUAGCUUUAAGACCUUGGCACCAAACAUUAGAUCUUUGAUUCCAUACUUUUACUCUGUUUACCUUGUACAGAGCCCACAUUUAGUAAUACUGCUAGUUUUCCAUUUUUCUCCUAUUUUUUUAAUAAUAGGGAGAAGAUAAUUAGGCCUCCAGAUAUUUUUUGAUCCCAGUUCCCAUUAGCCCCAGCAAAGUGGUCAGGAAUGAUGGAAUUGUAGUCUAAGCAUAUCUGGUGUGCUGAGAGUUCUCCCAUUUCUGCUAUAACUGAAAAUUAAUGAAGAGACAGUUGUGGUUCUGCAAAGGAGGAAAGAUGCAAAUAUUUAUUUAUCUGAUAUAUUUUAGGCACAGACCCAGAAAGGCAUUUCUGAGAGCUUGGGAGCAGAAGUAGAUCCUGAUAUGUCUUGGUCGAGUUCAUUAGCGACACCCCCAUCACUUUCUCCAACAGUCAUAAUAGAUAGAGAAAAUGAUUCUAGAGUUUCUGGAACAAAGCAACAUAAUGAAAGACUUGAGUUGAUCAUGCAUAGCCUUUUUUCCAAGUAUGACAGAAGUCUCAAAGAGAAUAAAAUGGACACACAAUCCGCAUCAAGAAUUGAGGAUGUGUGUUCAGAGACUCCCAGCAAAAUUCACAGUAAGGUGCUAAUUCCAGCUGGUACUGAUGACAGCAGACUCACAAGGUCAGGCCUAAAGACCAUAAGUUCACUUUACAAUUUGAAAAAGCGACCCAAAAGGUUUAUUUACACAGUAAAUAAUAGUCCAGUUUACCAAGAAGACAAAACUACAGAGGGAGAUGGAUCUUCUCAUCUUAUGCCAAACUGUGCAGAUUUAAAAUAUUGCGUGUCUGAAGCCAUCAGAAAUGAAGAGAAAACUGAAGGAUUUUCAGGUGCUAAUAAGCCCAGUAUUGAACAAAAGCAGCAUGUAGGGUCUGGGUUUUUAUCAAACACUACUCUUAUGAAUGUUUUCCAGGAAACUCCAUGCAAUGAAAAGUCAAGCACAGAAAGUGGUUUUCCAUAUCAGUCAUCAGUAGUUCUACAGACUGACAGGAAAAGAGAGAGAGUUAUGCUUCCUAGUCAUAUAGCUGCUGAUCCAGUAAUAGAGUCAAGUAAAAACAAGUUCCAUAAAAUGAGCCAGAAGGACACCUUGAAUAGAGAGAGAGGUAGAAAAUACAACCAUCUCACAAACUUCAGUUCAUUGCAAGAAGUGGUUUUUGAAGAAUCUACAUUAGCAGUGCAACCAUCAAAACUUGGAAAUAGUUGUUCUGUCUUGGAAUUAGCUACACAACAUUGUUUGGAAAGUAACACUCCAAUGACUGAGCUUGGGUUUCAGACAAAGAAAAUACUGCAACCUACUACAGUUGAGUCUUCUAAGCUUAUAGUACCUGAGAAAAAUGUAGACAGGAAGCAGUUUAUACCAAUAAUCUUAAAAGGAAAUACAAAUGAUAGAAAGCAAACAUGCUUGGCACAUACAAAUCAUAACAAAACCCAGUGCUUUGGCACUUUUAAAACGGCUUCCAAUAAACAAAUAGCACUAUCUGAUAACAACAAUAGAAAAAGCAGAUUGCUGUUCAAAGACAUAGAAGAUCAAUUUCUUGAAUGUUUUCCUGGUGAAGGAAUGAACAGUAUUUCAAAUCAAAAUGUGAAAGAGAAUGUUGGCAUUUCUUCAGUUGGGAGAAAUGUGUUGAAUGAAAACUCAUCUAAUUUUCCACAUGUUUCUGAUUCGCUGAUGAACGGUACUCAGUUCAAUGAUACCCAAAAUAUUUUUCCUUUUCAGAGUAUAAUUAAAAAUCAACAACUUGAAGGCAAACAAAAUUUAACAGCAAGCCAAGAAGCUGAAGUUAUUGAACUUUCUAAUAUACUAGAAGAAACCGGUAGUCAGUUUGAAUUUACACAGUUUAAAAAACAUCAGAAUGUGAUGUACAAUACUUGUGAAAUGUCAGGAAGCUUUAGUAAAGAUGAUUUAAAUUCUGAAGUCUGGAAAGAUAUUGAUUUUGAGGAAACUUUUGAAAACAAAGUUCUAAAUGGCAAUGAUCUUUCUUCUGAUAAGCAUAUGGGAACAACUGAGGAAUGUAAGAUACAGGCAGAAAGUAGUAAAGAGAUUGUAUCAACACAUUUAUCAAGCAGAGAACGGAACAUAAAUUUUCCAACUAUUUCUGUGCCUUUGCAGCAUGAUAAGGGGGACUGUAAUUCAGCUGGAGGCAAAGAGAUGAGCAUUUCUGAUGAGAUUAUUAACAGAGAUACAAAAUUUGUCAGUGAUCUGUAUGUAGCAGAUGAAAUGCUUAUGCCACGGAAGCCAAAUGUUCAACGUGAUUGUUCAAAUAGUUGUAAAAGUAAUUGGAAUGAUUCCAACUCUACAAAAGCAAGAUGUGAGUGGCAUCAGAUUGCGAAAACAGUAGAUGCUGGAUAUAUGAUGAAAAAUAAUACAAUUAACUUUGUGAAAGAAAACAUAAAAGAUUUAUCAAAAGUAGCAAAGUAUAAUGGAAGCAAUGUUAUUCAGAUUACUAGUACUACAGAAGUUAACCUAAAAAUUGUUAAAAAAUAUUCUGUUCAGAUGACAGCAAAUGAACUUUCAUCCACUGAAAAUAAUCACAACUUUUUAGUGUCACAUCACUAUGCAAACUGUGGAGAAGCUGCAUUUAAUUAUAAUUUGUCUGAAACUUUAUCUGAUCUAACCUGUUUAGCUGAAGUUGCGAAGACUGAAGAAAAAAUAACUUUUAAUGAUGCUGAUGAAAAUCCAGAUCAGAAAAAGGAAAAUGUAAAUAAUCCAGAGAGUAACUAUUUACUACAGAAUUAUCACACUGUUGUCGAUGGGAACAUAUUUGCUGGAAAAAAUAAAAUUCACCAUUCAUUGGGUGGUUCCUGUAUAGAAACGUCAUCUUCCAAUGGGAAUAUAUUUGUGAGAAAUGAAAAAGAAGAUAUCAUUUCCAUGACAAAGCACAUAGACUUAAAUCAAAAUGGACACUUCUUUGACACCAACCAUCAGAAAACCCCUGAAGUCAAAAAAAAACAAGCCAGUGCUUUCCAUACAGCUAGUGGUAAGCAAAUUAUGCUCACUGAUGAAUCUUUAGCUAAAGCAAAGCAUCUUUUUUCAGAAGUAACUGAUUUCCCAGACAAAGUGGAUGAUGUCACACCUAGCAUUCACACUUCAAUAAAACAGAAAGUGAAUGAGGAGAUUACCACAGUAAGAAAAGAACUUGGUGAAGCAGCUCAGAAACAUGGAGAAGUUCUAAAUCCUGAAGAUAAUUUUGAACAUUCUCUGGAUCUAUUUUCAAGCACUGUUAGAAAUACUGAGAGUUUUGGAACUGUUAAAGCACUCUCUUUAGAGGUGAAUGCAACUGAAUCAAAGAAGACUCAGACAUAUACAACAAGCAAAAAAGGCAUUUCAAAAACUGUUUGUUUUGAUUCUGAUGGUGAUCAGCAUUUAUAUAUUGAAGAGUCAGGUACGUGCUCAAAACAAAAUCUGAAGCACUUGUCAUCUAGAGAUACAUGCAAUGUUUUAAUUACUAAGAAUAAUAAAAAACUUGCUUCUUUGGAUCUAACUUGUAAUGCCACUUCAAAAACUAGUUACUCUGAUUUGGAAGGUGGGAAUUCUGUGUUGCACCAUUCACGUGAUGCAUACAGUGAAAGAAAUUCCAUCCCAGAGGAUUUUACCUGUAUUUUUGAAGGAGAAGCUUCAACCAAAGGUUUUAAUGUAGAAAACAAUGUUAGCAUUUUUAAAGAAAUGCUUAAAAAUGAAAGUUGUAUGUCAUAUAUACAUCAUUCAAAUCUGUUGGAUACCUUGGAUGACAAUAACUUACAGAAAUACUCAAUUAGUGAAGCAGCAGCCUCAGCUUCAAAACCAUGGAAAGCUAGACCAGUUGCAUUCAAUACAGCAAGUGGUAAAACUGUUGAAAUUUCUCAGGAAGCAUUAAAAAGGGGCAGACAGUUGCUUCAUGAAGACUGCUGUGAAUCCAUGCAACAGAAUAUAACAUCCUACUCAAAAGCAAAUAAUUCUAACACUUCAGAAAGUUGUCAUGAUAACUUAGGCAGCAGAGAGUGUGUUACUACUCCCGGUUGUUUGAGUGUUAAAACAAUUCCAAUGGGAUCUUCCAGUGCACUCCACUUUUCAAGAGUCAAAGAGUCCUGUGAAGAUGAUCAAGCAUUAAAGUGUACUGGAUCUAUGUCCUUGAACACUGUGCCUGAAUCAAACUGUCAGAUGAAUAAUAAGGCUGAAAGACAGACCUCUGACAUGCUAAACUGUAUCAAGUCAGACUUUGCUACAGGUAAUUGUGGCCUUUUCUGCACAGCAAGUGGCAAACCUGUACAGUUAUCUGAAGAAUCAUUAAAGAAAGCAAGACUACUUUUUUCUGAAAUUGAAAAUGAAUUGCCAGGUCAUCAGAGCCAUGUAUCAGAUUGUGCAGUAUCUUCUGUCAAGAACAAAGCAACUCCUGUGGAAAACAAGCCAGUCCUAUCCCAAGAGAAGAGAUUUCUGAAGAAUGAAGUAAAUUCAAAUAUCCCUUAUGGCUUUAGCACAGCAAGUGGAAAACAGGUUCACAUCUCUCAGAAGGCUCUCCAGAGUGUUACGGGACUUUUAAAAGAAUUUGAUGUCAAUAGUGAUGGUUUCUCUGUUGAUCAACCGGGGCAAGGACAUAGUUCACCCAUUAAAGCCCCUGCUACAGAAGCUACAGUGACUGCUGAUACUACUUCAGAUUUCAAACCACCAGCGAAAUGUCAUGUACUUUAUUUAAACACAAAGAAUCCUAAUGAAAAGAAGGCUUCUAAAAACUCAUUGAAUGUUAAUAUACCUACGCACGUGCCCCAUACUGAGAAAUAUAAGCAGCUAGUGGAACUGGAAAAAAACUAUGCAACAAACUUUAAUACUGUAACAAAAGGAAAUCUGGAUUCUCACUGCUCUGUUUACACCCAAAUUCCAGAAAAGUACUUGGAAAUAGAAGCUUCAGAAAGUGCCAAAGCAUUCAUGAAAGAUAAUGAUCUCACAAAUUCAGAAGUACAGAAAGAUAAAAAAGAAUCCCUCUUAAGUUCUGAGAGAAGUUGUGAUUUUUUAUCAUGUGCAAGAACUGGAAAAAGAUGCAUAGAAGGAAAGAAUGUGUUUGGAGAACCUCCUAUUAAAAGAAAAUUGCUGUAUGAAUUCAAUCAGUCAGAAAGGUCCAACAGUCCAUUUUUGAAUGCCUCAAGAAGUACUCCAGAUGGUACAGUGAAUGACAGAAAAAAGUUUACCUACAAUAUCUCUUUAAACCCAUUAAUCUGCAGUCCUUUUAGCAAAACCUCUGCUGAUGGAACCAAGAAAAUGGAAAAUUCUCAUAGAGCAAAGCAAGCUGUCAAAGUCUUUGUGCCACCUUUCAGAACAAAAUCAAGUGCUUCUGAGAAUGAAAUAGGUAACAGCAAAGAGUCUGUCGACAAUAGAAUGGAAGAACUUAAUGCUGAAAAGGUUCAUGAAAUCACCAGUGAACCUGUAAUGGAUACUUCCACACAAAUAACAGCUGUAGGUUCAGAAUGUGAAGAUACAUAUUCAGAUUUAAGAAAAAUGGUGGAAAAUCUUCGCUAUUCCAGAAAUCUGCAAGAAAUGAGAAUUAUGAAGAAACAAAAGCAAAGAAUCCGCCCACAACCUGGCAGCUUGUAUCUUGUGAAAAAGUCAGCCUCUUCUUGCAGGAUUCCUCUGAAAGUUGCAGUAAAGGAAAAAUUGCCUCAUGCUUAUUUCAGUGAACAGUUGUAUGCUUUUGGCGUUUCCAGGCAGUGCAUAAAAAUUAACAGCAGGAAUGCAGAAGAUUAUCAAUUUGUCAUGCAGGAGUUUUUCAACAAAGAGUAUUUUCUAGAAAGGCAUGGACUACAAUUGGCUGAUGGAGGAUAUCUUAUUCCUAAUGAUGAAGGAAGGGCAGGAAAAGAAGAAUUUUACAGGGCUUUGUGUGACACUCCUGGUGUAGAUCCAAAGCUUAUUUCAAAAGCAUGGGUGUACAACCAUUAUAAAUGGAUCAUAUGGAAACUGGCAGCAACGGAAGUUGCAUUUCCACAAGAAUUUGCCAAUAGAUGUUUGACACCGGAAAGUGUACUACUUCAGCUAAAGUACAGGUAUGAUGUGGAGAUUGACAAAAGUCAUCGAUCAGCUAUCAAAAGGAUAAUGGAGAGAGAUGAUAUUGCUGCUAAAACAAUCAUACUAUGCAUCUCUAAAAUCAUAUCAUUAAGUUCAAAUAUGUCUGAAAUCUCUGGUAAUAAAAGCACUGCAGAGGAAAGCAAAAAAGAAUUUGCAGUGGUUGAAGUUACAGAUGGCUGGUAUGGAAUCAGAGCUAUUUUUGACCCUCCUCUUCAAUUGCUGCUGUAUAGACAGAGGCUGACUGUAGGCCAGAAGAUCAUUGUACAUGGAGCAGAACUUGUCGGUUCUGAGAAUGCAACAACUCCUUUGGAAGCACCAGAAUCUCUUAUGCUAAAGAUUUCAGCUAACAGUACUCGGCGUGCUCGAUGGUAUGCCAAAUUAGGAUAUUAUCAUGAUCCCCGGGCAUUCUCUUUGCCUUUGUCAUCACUCUUUAGCGAUGGUGGGACUGUUGGUUGCACUGAUGUCAUUGUUCAAAGAAUUUAUCCCACACAGUGGAUGGAAAAAACAUCAACAGGAUCUUACAUAUUUCGUAACGACCGAGCUGAAGAAAGAGAAGCUGCAAAGCAUGCUGAAAGCCGCCAAAAAGCCCUAGAAGCAUUGCUUGCAAAAAUACAAGCUGAAUUUGAAAAGAAUGAGGAUGAAGGCAAAAGGGUACUGCGAUCCCAUGUAUUAACAAGACAGCAAAUUCAUUCCUUACAAGAUGGUGCAGAGCUUUAUGAAGCGAUUCUUAAUUCUGCUGAUCCUGCUUACAUGGAGAGCUAUUUCAGUAAGGAACAAUUAAAAGCUUUGAAUGAUCAUAGACAGAUGGUAAAUGAUAAAAAGCAAGCACAAGUAGAAGCAGAAUUCAGGAAGGCAGUGGAAUCUGCUGAACAGGAGGAACACAGUUCCUGCAGGAGGGAUGUAUCCUCUGUAAUCAAACUUCGAAUUGUGGAUUACAGAAAAGAAGAAAAAGUAAAAGAAGUUAUAUUGAACAUCUGGCGACCAUCCUCAGAUGUCUCUAACAUUCUAAAGGAAGGAAGUCGAUAUAAGAUCUUUCAUCUAGGUGCAUCUCAGUCCAAAAGCAAGUCUGAGAGUACAAAUAUACAGCUUACAGCCACCAAGAAAACUCAGUAUCUGCAGAUGCCAGUCUCUCAAGAAAUCCUAUCACAAGUUUACCAACCAAGGGAGUGUCUGAAGUUCAGCAAGAUGUUGGGACCCCCUUUCCAACCAGCCGGUUCUGAAGUGGAUUUGGUGGGAUAUAUUAUUUCCCUUAGGAAAGGUGCAGGUUUCUGUACAAUGGUGUAUUUGUCAGAUAAAAAUCAUAGCUUAAUAGCAGUACAGAUCUGUACAGAUCUUAAGCAGCUUGCUGUUGAAGACAUAAUUAUCCCUUCUGCACUGAUCUCUGCAACCAAUCUUCAGUGGCGGUCUGAAUUCAGAUCAGUCAUUCCCACUUUGUUUGCUGGAGACCUUUCUUCAUUUUCCUCACAUCCAAAGGAAAACCAUCUCCAAGGAGUAUUUAAUGAACUGAAGAAUACUAUAGAGAAUGACAGCAGCUUUCGCAAAGAUGCACAAUGCAAACUAAUGAAGUUGCUUCACACAGAUUGCCCACAAAUGUUUAACUUGCAAGAAUGUGGCUUGGAUCCUUUUUCAUCUCCUUGGAAAACUAACCAAGGAAAUACACAGUCAAUUAAAACUUCUAGAAGUGAAUGGAGGCAUCAGAGCCCUUUGAAGCUUGGGACACCAAAUUCAAAUCCAGCUGUUUUUAUGAGCUCAGAAUUAGAAGAAACUCCCAGGGAUUAUAAGAAGAGAAAAACAAUGGACCUGCUAAGCCAAGUACCUUACCCUCCACCAGUAAAACCAAUCUACACAUUUAUUUCUCCAGCUCUGAAAAAGGCAUUUCAGCCACCUCGAAGUUCUUGUACUCAGCAUGAAAGAUUACUGAAAAGAGCAGAAUGUAAGGUUAAAAAACCAUUUCUGAAAAUAUUAAAUGAGACUGACUUUUCUCUCAGAAAUAAUUUUGUUGCUGAUGAAGAACUUGCCAUGAUAAAUACACAAACACUCUUAAAUAAUUUUCCAGAAGAGGUUGAUUCUACAGAUGAAACUGUGUAUGCAGUAACUACUGAUUCGCCCAACCAUCUUUCACCAAGGAAUAAUUCUUUCCAAUCUGCUAGGAAAAAAAAUGUAUCACAGGACCAUGCUAAGGAAGUGGACACAUCUACUAAGGAGCUAAAUGAUUCAUUAGCUUAAUGCAGGAAGUUGCAAAAGAAACAAAUAUAGUAUUUAAUGCCCCUAUAGGUUAAUUAGAAAUGUUAACAUUUAAAUGUCCUUUUUACACUUUGAACAUUGUAAGUGUCUGUACAGGUUUAUUAAUCUAUUGUACAUAUUUCACCUCAAAGAUUAACAAAAGGAAACAUCCUCUAUUAAUAAUCAGCUUAAGAGAAGAAUGGCUGUAAAUCUUACAAAUUCCUGCCAUCUUGCAGUUGCAUAUUUUACACAAGAGUAUUCAAGGGUCUGGUACCAGUUCAGCAAUACCACUAAUUUUUAACAAUGUUACUGGAUUUUGUAUAUUAUCUCACACAUCAGAAUAUUUAUUUUGGAGAUUAUGCCACUUUUUCCAAUGGGUUAAUCAUUUUACAUUCAGAACCAUUUUAAUGGCUUGAACCAAGAGUGGAAGGAAACUCAUGAAAGAGAAUUUUCCUAUCCUUCUGAACAGUGUAGGGUAGGAUAUAUAGGAAGGUGUUGUGCGAGGGAUUGCAUUCAGCUAAAAUCAGGCAGGCAGUUCCAAAACAUUUUAGUAUCUAUGCCUGUUAGUUGUAAAAAGAAGGAAAAAAGCAGAAAAAAAUUCUUCCCUCUCCUAGGAAGACACAAAGUUGCUGUCAGGGUUUGAUGGAAAUAUCAAAUGCCCCCCCCAUAUAUUAGUAUUUUCAAAUGGAGACAACAUAGCACUUGAUCUGUGAUUUGUUCCAGAAGAAUUAUUUUAAGGACUUUGUUUUUCAUCUCAAAAUGGAAAAUAAAUAAUCUGAAAAAGAUGCCUUGAAUUUUUUUCCUUUACUGCAGUAGCCUCUGGUCAAAAAAAGCUACUGGAAAAUGAAAGAAAAGGUAUCCUUGAAAAAUCAGCUUCAUGGUCAUUAGUCAGUAUAAUUAGUCAAACAUUAUACUGACUACAGGAACCAACAUAGUCCUGCAGCAACGUAUGUUCACUUAUAGUUAUAACAAGCCAAUAAAGGAGACAUAUGUGUCAUAACACUGGACUUCUGAAAGUUGACUAUAAGUAAAUUGGAUUGAAAUUGA